GUUGUCAGACACACUACAGUCAUAUAUACCAUGCCAACUUCUUCCUUCAUCUACGCCCACCACCUCGUCCACAUGCCCCUGCCCCUCUGUAUAACAGCCACCUACUCCCCUCACUCACUUGCAAAAUGUCUGCGGCAGUCCCUGGUUCCGACCCGCCGAUGGUCGACACGAUCACCGCUGGCGUCGGCGACGUCACCCUUGCCUCCGGCCCCCCUGCCACGGGUGACGCCAAGACCCCUGCUUUCACCGGCGCCGGUCACAGUGCUGAGCCAUCCGGUGCCACAUCAGGCGUCAACGUUCCCGCAGGCUCCUAUAUCGUCACCCCCGUCGCCGGAGGUGGCUCCCAGGUGACCCCGAUCUCCCCUAACUGCAGCAUUCUGUCCCCCAACAGCCCCCAGGCUACUCCUAGCGUCGUCAGUACCGCUGGUAGCGGUGCUGCUAUACCUGGGAAAGUCAACACCGAUGCCCCUGAAGCUGAGGGAAGCCAAAUUGUCAGCCCCGCCUCGGGUACUGGCUCAGUAGUCGCACCCGCUGCCGCCGCUCCAGCGACGGUUGAAGCAGCUGUCAAGUCUGCCGACGCUACCGCCGUCGCUGACCCCGCUACUGCCGCUACUGGGGGUACCGCUGCAGGGGUCUCCGCUGCUAAUGCGACGAUCACCCCGACCGUCGCUCCGACCCCUGCUAUGAACCCCAAAGACAUCAAGAAGUACGAGAAGCUGCUCAAGACCGAGGCCAAGUUUGAGGAGAAGGCUCUAAAGCAGACGCUCAAGGACGCUGCCAAGUCUGAGAAGGCAUAUCGCAAGGCCAUUAAGGCCGAGCGGCAGUCGCAGAAGCGCCACAUCAAGGCCAUCACAGCUGAGCACAAGACUUCCAAGGAGCUCUCCAAGGCCAACGUCGCACACGAAAAGGCCGCUGCUCAGCUCAACAAGGCCAAGGAGGAACUCGAGAUCAAGGAGAAGCACAAGACGGCUACCCAGGAGGAAUACGAGAGGCUCAAGGCGACCAUCGAGACCUUGAGGAAAGAGAGGGCUGAGCACGACAAGGAGCGUGCGGUCAAGAGCGCCAGCAUCCGGCCAGAGGAGACCUCAUAAUUCGGCUUGCUCUUCGCUUCCCGGGUCUCAUUGCCGCUCACCUCGAUAACCACCACUUUCGAUUUUGGCGCGCAUGUCAUUCCAACGCACAAAACUCUUUCCUGGGACUUGUUUCCAUAUUUUCCUUCCUUUUCAAAUUUUGUUCCUCACCCUAUGUAUCGGAUUGGUUCACUGUCAGCAAACAUGGCCGAACAACUUUGUUUUGAAUUAAACUGCCACGCCUACAUACCCACAUACACACCAAGCAAAAGGUAACGCAUCUUCGCCCACCGCAAAGCAUUCAUACGACCGCACCGAUCGUUGGCAGCUGCUUCGCUUAGAAUUCAUAAUGCAAUUCAUUAGAGUACAG